AUGUCUUUUCAACAACAACAACGAACGAAUCGAAUGAUGCUUCCUUCCUCGUAUCAAGACAUGUCUCCUUCCUAUCUUUACAAUGAUGCUCCCUAUGGCGGCUAUGGAGGUCUCUCAACACCAUCGCCACCAUACAAUUAUUCCGAUCCAUAUUACAAUAGUAUGCAAAAUCGGAGAGGUUAUUAUGACAAUUACAUGAUCGGAAAUGAACCUCUCUAUCAUGAAGAUAAAUUAUUUGAUGAAGAUUUACUCAUGUAUGACCGACCAACCUAUAGACCAAGUCGAAUGAUUGCGAAUCCAGAUUUUGGAAAUUUUAAUUAUAAAAAGGGAUUCACAGCAGAGGUUUGGCUAAAUGAUGGAGAAACAGUGGUAUUAAAUGGAGAUUCAAGAAAGAAAACGUAUCGUACUCAUUACAGCCCAGAAUAUUUACGAAGUUUUUUCUUUGGAUGGGUUGGACGACUCAUACGAUAUUUAUGGUUGGAUCGAUUGUUUGGAUUACAUGUCGAUACAGUGAAGGAAGUGAAAACUAGAAAUUAUAUUUUUGUGACAACUCAAAUCAUUCCAGAGUGA